AUGGCCUAUCCCCAUCGCCCAGACGACCAUCGUCAGACAGGCUACAGCUACCAGCAAUCCACUUACUCCCAGCCAGACUCUUAUCACUCGUCCUCCCUCCCUCACCCCUCAUCCUCCCCAUCACCCGCAGGCGGGUACACCACUUCUCACCACACCCACUCGCCCACCACCAGGGCAGCCUACCCAGGGUACUACCAGCCACAGCCCACUUCAUCGUCUCUCGACUCGCAUACAAUGAUGUACGGCAGACCCAGUCCUGCUCCGGGGCAGCAGACCUAUGGCGGAGGUGCCGCAUCGGGAGAAGUGUUCAGAGGGCCUGGCGCCGCUGCACCUCCCAUAUCCUAUAAUCCCCCUCAGCCUCAGCUCCAGCCCCGCCCCUCCUUCUCCUCUCACCACUCAGACUAUCCUGACGACGGCAAGUCCUACACCUCCACAACACACUUUGCCAAUCAAAAGGAAUGGGACGUUGGUAACGUCGUGCCUGCUAUGCCUCAGCAAAUGCCACAGCAGAGGCAGCCAUAUCAGUACCAGGCGUACCCUCCUCCUCAGUCUGCGCCCUCGCCGAGAUUUGCUGCUGGCGGCACCUCACAUUGGCAUGCUAUGCGCAAUCAGCUCCUCGAGCGACGAGUCAUCAAGCAGAUCCCGCUCACCAAUGGGAACCUCGUCAUGGACGUCCCUGUUCCAAAAGGAGUCAUCCCUAGUACCAAAGGCUUAGGUACGCAAGAUGGCGAGAUGGACAGUAUGCGCUACACUGCGGCUACGUGCGACCCGGACGAUUUCAUGCGAAGCAAGUUCAAUCUCAGGCCUUAUCUGUAUGAAAGAAGGACAGAGCUAUUUAUUGUCAUGACAAUGUACAAUGAGAAUUCAGAGCUUCUCCUCCUCACUCUCAACGCAGUCAUCAAGAACAUUGCCCACCUCACCACCCGCACGCGUUCCAAGACUUGGGGGCCCGACUCUUGGAAAAAGAUUGUCGUAUGUAUCGUUGCCGACGGUCGAAAGAUUGUGGACCCAAGAGUUCUCAGGGUGCUUCAGUUGAUGGGCGUGUAUGCCGAAGGUGUCAUGAAAGAUCAUGUCCUCGACAAAGAGACCGAGGCUCAUAUUUUCGAGUAUACUUCUCAAGUCGUCGUAUCUCACGACGGUGAAGUUGGUUUCGGUACAACACCAGUCCAAAUGAUGUUUUGUCUCAAAGAGAAAAACAAAAAGAAGCUCAACUCUCAUCGCUGGUUCUUCAACGCCUUUGGCCCCCUCAUCAAACCCAACGUCUGUAUUCUCCUCGAUGUCGGCACAAAACCAUCCGGCACAUCCAUCUACGAGCUGUACAAGUGCUUUGAGAAACACGCCAACGUGGGUGGCGCUUGUGGCGAGAUUUACGCAGAUACCGGGAGGUGGGGUAAGAAUCUCUGGAACCCGCUGGUGGCAGGGCAGAACUUUGAGUACAAGAUGAGUAAUAUAUUGGACAAGCAUUUUGAAUCAGUGUUCGGAUUGAUCUCAGUUCUUCCGGGUGCAUUUUCAGCUUAUCGCUACGCCGCCGUAUGCAACCAUCCAGACGGCACCGGUCCCCUCGCCUCCUAUUUCAAAGGAGAAGCCAUGCACCAGCCCGGAGCUAAAGCGACUAUAUUCGACCGCAACAUGUACCUCGCCGAAGACCGUCUCUUGUGUUACGAGAUCACCACCAAGAAGAAUGCCAAGUGGAGACUGCAGUAUGUCAAGAGCGCCAAAGCGGGGACCGAUGUGCCGGCCACCGUGCCAGAGUUCAUCUCGCAGAGGAGAAGAUGGCUGAAUGGGUCGAUCUUUGCGGCGACUUAUUCAAUCGUCUGUUUCUGGAGGAUCUGGACGAGCGGACACAAUAUCAUCCGAAAGUCCUUGUUGACUAUUCUGGUCAUCUAUAAUCUCAUCAACCUGAUUUUCAGUUGGCUGUCAGUCUCUUCCUUUUACCUUGCAUUCUACUUCCUUAUCAACUCGUCCAUCUCUGGCGACUCGGACCCGUUUGGCGGAGCAGGAGAUGAAAUCUUUCAAGUGUUCAACAAAGUCUACAUUGGUCUCAUUUUCGUGGUCCUGGUGUGUUCCCUCGGUAACAGACCCCAAGGUUCAAACUACAUGUAUACCAUUUGCAUGCUGCUGUUUGCUGUAUGUCAGGGGUUGCUGCUAUACUGCGCUGGCUACACUGUCUACCAGACAGUGCCUCACACCACCGAUGGCUGGAAGGAUGUAUCAGCGCUGUUUGACAACAAGACCUUUGUCCAGCUCGCUUUAUCCCUCAUGGUAUGA